GUUUGAAUCGUAUUUUACUAAAUAGGGGCCCUGUCUGUAGCAAUGGUACUAGUACAUCGCUGCGCAGUCAGUCUCAAAAUCAAUCUGGCUGAAUUAUACAGCUUUUGUUUAUUUACACAUGUUCAUUCUCUGUUUAAUACUUGGAUGUCGGCUGGAUGCUGCCCAAAUAAGAAGUGAAAAUGAAUGUCCAUUGCAGAUCUGUGUAUUUUUAGAGAAAGCUUUCCGGGUACCGGUUUACCUGAAGACGUAACAUUUUCUAUCAAGAGGAUGUCUGUAUCUGUGAUAAUAAAAUGGGGCGGACAAGAAUACUCAAUAACUACACUGUCGGAUGAAGACACAGUGCUUGACCUUAAGCAGUCUAUCAAAUCCCUAACGGGGGUUCUUCCUGUCAGACAAAAACUGUUGGGGCUGAAAGUAAAAGGUAAACCUGCAGAAGAUGAUCUUAAACUGGGCACACUUAAGUUGAAACCGAAUACAAAGAUCAUGAUGAUGGGGAGCAGAGAGGAGAGCUUGGAAGAUGUUCUGGCUCCUCCUCCUGAAAAUGAGGAUGUCGUCAAUGAUUUUGAUAUAGAAGAGGAAGUUGUAGAAGUAGAAAACAGGGAAGAAAACCUGGCAAAAAUAGCCCGCAGAGUUAAAGAAUAUAAGGUAGAGGUUUUAAACCCACCUCGCGAGGGCAAAAGUCUGCUUGUAUUAGAUGUGGACUACACCCUGUUUGACCACAAAUCUUGUGCGGAGACGGGGUUAGAGUUAAUGAGACCGUAUCUUCAAGAGUUUCUCACGUCCGCGUAUGAAGACUAUGAUAUUGUUAUCUGGUCUGCUACCAGCAUGAAGUGGAUUGAAGCUAAAAUGAAAGAGCUUGGAGUGACAAACAACCCAAACUACAAGAUAACCUUCAUGCUAGACAGUGCUGCUAUGAUCACUGUGCAUACCCCUAAAAGAGGUGUGGUGGAGGUUAAGCCUCUGGGUGUAAUAUGGGGCAAGUAUGCAGAGUUCUAUAACAAGAAAAAUACUAUCAUGUUUGAUGAUAUUGGAAGGAACUUUCUGAUGAAUCCACAGAAUGGACUAAAGAUUAAACCCUUUAUGAAAGCACAUUUAAACCGUGAAAAAGACAAGGAGCUUCUCAAGCUGUCCCAGUAUCUCAAAGAAAUUGCAAAGCUUGAGGACUUCUCAGAGCUCAACCACAAGCACUGGGAGAGGUAUCUUUCGAAGAAGCAGAGCCAAUAGAACGUAUCAGAGAUGACCCUCUUGUGGACCAUUCUUUACAGGGAGUAGUGCUGGACACUGAAGAAAAUGCCCAAGCUACUGCUGUUUCAUUAUUCCACAUUCAGGAUUCCCUGCAUUCUCUUCUGCUGUACAUAAAUACAAGCAGGAAAACAUGUUUUUAUCACAGAUCCUGAAGGAUUUUCUGCCAGUACGGUUUUCAUUAAUCUGGACAAUAUCAUCAAUGUGACACAAACCUGCCUGUAUAUUAAGGUUACAGGUAUAUUUGCAUCCUAAUACUUUGGUGCUUUUCACAAGUGUAAAGACAUCAUUAUGUGCCCAAAGGAAAUCCCCCCCGCCAGAGAGUCACACACAUGCGCUGAAGUACUUAAAAUACAGUAAGAUGGUAUCAAGUUAUCAAUUCUUUUUUUUAUUUUUGUUGUUAUACUGUUUGCAUUUUGCAAGUGGUAUUCACCCAGUAAGGCCAUUUGAAAGCCAAUUUUACUCGCACUUUGGGUAAAUAUAUUUCUCAGUAAAAAAUUGAAGCAAUAAACUUUAAAGGGUUUGUAAUCCUGACUGAGUUUAGAAUAUGGAGUUCUGUUAAAAUACACGUUUGAAUCGGUCAGAUGGCGGAUCAGGGUUGAGAUAUAUCAAGCCACAAUGUAAUGAGAUGGUUUAUUUCAACGUGUAGCACUGUCUGGUUCAGAUUUCAUUUGUUAUUGGUUUACAAAUGUUAAAGAUUUCUAAAAUCUCUUUUUGUGGUUUUUGUUUUGUUUUGUUUUUUGUAGCCACAUUUGGAGUUUAUUCAAGUAAUAAUAGUAUUUGGUCUAUUUUUGUAAGACCACACAAGCAUCAUAUUCCAGCAGAUCCUCUUUAAUGAUUUGUGGUCAGGAAUUAAACUAUUAAAACAUAUUGGCAAAAGGACCCCUGGAAACUAGGGAUGUCUGGGGCAUUUUAGUCUUUGCGUUAGGAAAAAAGCUCCAGUUUCCAGUGUUAACAUAAUUUCGAUGUUUUGUUUAACAUCAUGUAAUCGAAGAGACUACAAAAUGAUACAGCAAAAGUACCGGAAGCCAUAAUAGUAGUACAGUAUUUCAUGUCAGAUUUUGAAAUGUCACAUUUUUAUAUUUUUGCCACUAUAUGAAAAACUACAAUGUGGUAUGUGAUUCAAUAUGUUAACAUAACAUUGUUCAGCAGGUUUAAUUCGACUUAUGAAUCAAAAUUAGAUACAAUUCUAUAGGGUGAUGCAAAACGUUUGCCCAUAGCCGUACGUCCAUAUGCAUCUACUGGCCCGCUUGUGCAUUAUGUAUAUGGCUCCCUAUGUCUGGUUUAAAUGUCAGAUACUUGGCUAAUCCUGUUAGCUGAAAUGCUGAACUGUACAGUAUGUUCUUUCGGUGUAAUUAAAUGAUUUACAUGAGCAUCCUUCAUCCAUAACAUUAGACAUUCAAUCACAAUAUAUAAAUAACCCUUAACGAAACGGCUUAGAACAGUAGACAAAAAAAACAUUGUAAUUGGACUAAGGUGUUUUGUUUGUUUGUUUGUUCUUAAUGUCACCAAAGCUGCAAUUUCCCUUAUAAAUAAAUCUUUCAUGCUGUAGGUUUUUGUGGUUCAUGUAUGUACGUCUGUGUGUGUGUGCGUAUGUGUAUGUGUGUAUGUAUGUAUGUGUGUGUGUGUGUGUAUAUAUAUAUAU